UCAACGAGGACACCAAGGUUCCUAACGCCGUUACGGUGAAGAUCGUCAAGCAAGAUCACACCCUCGCCAACAUGCUCCGCUCGUGCGUCGCCUCUUCUAAUCUCGACUAGCAUCACACCUUAUGACAACUCCCUACAGCCAACUCCUGAACAACCCCCAAGUCCUCUUCGCCGGCUACAAGGUUCCCCACCCCCUCGAGCCCUACUUCCUUCUCCGUAUCCAGACCGACGGCACGAUCACGCCCGAGAUCGCUCUCGAGCAAGCCUGCACGCAGCUCCUCGCCGUCGUCAGCGUCCUCAAAGCCAAGUUCGAAACCCAGUUUUCGUACAAGCAGGCGGAGGGGCCCACCGGCGGCGUCACAGGCGUAUUGGACGACCCAUACGGCUCGGGCCCAGCGACGUCGUGGGGCGGGGCGAACAGGGAUUAUCUGGACUUUGCUGGUUGAUUGUGACGAUACCUGUAUUCUAUGAGUUGAGAUUUUCUUCCUGGCCGCGGGCGAGACGCGGUUGCGGGCGGCCCUCAGACGUGGGUGCGACCCUCAGGGCCAGCGCCGACGGAGGCAGACACCCGCGUGGUCGUCGAGGAAAGGGUCCUUCCGGCCAGGAACUCUGGUGGGAAUUCCCAUUGCUGCCCGACGCGCGUUCUUCGGCCAAUACGCCCUAGCGCCGCAAAUGAUCUUCGUCUUGUAUUCUGCCUUCCCUCGUCGCUAGCCUGGUGACCAGCCC